AUGAUCACCACUGCGGUCAACGGCGCUACCCGCCUCACUAUUGCCUCAUAUCUCUCUGUCGCGUGUUUCAAAGAAGUUGUCUGGGAUUCCACCGUUCAACUUAUACACGGCACGAAGAGCGUGUCCAAUCUUGGCGCCAUUGCAUCAAACAUGUGUAUAUCUCCAGCAAUUCUCGUUUCAGCCUCCAACAAAGCGACUCGCAUAACUCUCAGCGACUUCAACAAGGAACUUGCUCCGAAGCACGACUUGGCUCAGCCCAAUCCACCCUUCACUGGCGACAUCUCUACCCCACCUGCAUCAUCCUCGUUAAAUCCCACGACGACUCGGACGACUUCGUCUCCGAGCAUUGACUCAGACACCAAAGUCAUGGUGACGGAAGCACUCUCCGCGAGCAACCCACCCCCAGGAAUGAAGACUCUCACCCCCGGCGACUCAGAUGGUCCCACUUUGCAGCCGUUUAUUUUACUAGUCGACAACUUACACCAGACGACAUCCGCCAUUCCCAACCUCGCCGCUCAUCUUGGAUCUGCCAGUCCCAUCGAAGAAUUGCCUUGGACGACGAGACCGCAUCUAAAGCCUCCGGAUAUGAAGCGCGCCACCAACAGACUCCUACCUCACCCUGCUACGGCGCUUCUACAUCAAAGGUCGCACCUCAGCAAACAAAAGUAUGGUCCUAGAGCUUCUCGUUUGAUUGCCGUGCGUGACAGCAUCGCGCAUUCACACCUCAAGCAAGACAAUAUUAUGAUUAUCUACGAUGAAAUCCUCGUCGACCGAGCGGCCCUCGUCGACGGCUGGGCCGCUGCCAUGGCGGAGCUGGGUCUCACAUCAAUGCUGUCACCACCAUCGCUUUCGCUUCCGAACACGACCAAUCGAGGACUCUCGGCUACAUAG